AGCGUGUAAAAAAUCGAAUCGAUACAGUCGACAUCGUUACUUGUAGUCAAGUCGUUUGAUUUAAUUACCAAUUAACGGAGCACAAAAGCGAUGUGUAAAUUGCCAUGUCCUACCGCAACUUGAGCGACCAAAUUUUCACCCGCUGGGCAGGACACAAACAUUCCAUCAGCCAGUCAUUGACAUAUAUCAUGGAAUCCAAUCGGGUCCAGCCCUCUUCCGUAUAAAAGAGCCUCCGGGUGUAGCGAUUCCAAACAGUUGGGCGUUGGGAGUGGGUCAGCAUGCAUGUCCAGGAACUGCUCUUCGUGGCCGCAAUCCUAGUGCCCCAAUGCCUGAGGGCAUUGCGAUAUAGCCAGGGCACUGGCGACGAGAACUGCGAGACUCUCAAGUCGGAGAUCCACUUGAUCAAGGAGGAGUUCGACGAGCUGGGCAGGAUGCAGAGGACCUGCAAUGCCGACGUCAUCGUCAACAAAUGCGAGGGAUUGUGCAACAGUCAGGUGCAACCAUCGGUGAUAACGCCUACGGGGUUUCUGAAAGAGUGCUACUGCUGCCGCGAAAGCUUCCUCAAGGAAAAGGUCAUCACUCUAACCCACUGCUAUGACCCGGACGGCACCCGUUUGACCUCGCCGGAAAUGGGAAGCAUGGACAUACGUCUUCGGGAGCCCACCGAGUGCAAGUGCUUCAAAUGUGGCGAUUUCACGCGUUAAUGCCUCAACAUAAACAAUGAUAUUUGCAUCCAUUUGUUUUAGUUGCCCCUCAUUAAAGAUACUUAAAAUACUUAUACCUCAAA